AUGCCUGUUAACAGCAAGUUUGCUCUUCCUGUGAGCAGUGAUGAAAAUAUGAGUGUGUUAUCAUACAUAUACAGAUUCUUUAAAAAGGUUUCGAUAGUUGGAGCGGUGUACUUGGUGGGUUAUAUGCAAUGGAGUGUGGCGUGGUUGCUGGGGCCGGUCGUGUUGUCGGUGAUGAGGGACCAGUGGAGGCGGGACAGCGAGUACCGCCGCAACCUCGCCAAGACAGCCGCCCUCUCCUCCGAAAAGGACAUCGUACUGGCCAAGCUUGAUGACUUACCGGCUUGGGUGUUCUUCCCAGACGUCGAAAGAGCGGAAUGGCUGAACAGGAUAUUGCUUCAAGUGUGGCCCAACGUGAACCACUACGCCCGAACUCUUCUCAAGGACACCAUAGAGCCAGCGGUGGCGGAAAGUCUUUCCAACUUUAAGCUUAACGGUUUCAAGUUUGAACGCAUGAUCCUCGGUACUAUCGCGCCGCGUGUCGGAGGCGUCAAGGUCUAUGAUAAGAACCUCUCGAGGGAUGAAAUCAUCAUGGACGUGGACUUAUUCUAUGCCGGCGAUUGUGAUAUAUCAUUCGUCCUACAGCGUAUACGAGGUGGAAUUAAAGAUCUACAGAUCCACGGCAUGGUCCGCGUGGUGAUGAAGCCCCUCAUCAGUAAGAUGCCGCUGGUGGGAGGGCUGCAGGUGUUCUUCCUCAACAACCCCUCCAUAGACUUCAACCUGGUGGGUGCGGCCGACGUACUCGAUAUGCCCGGCUUUAGUGACAUCUUACGUCGUUGCAUCGUCGAACAAAUAUCAAGAAUGAUGGUGUUACCCAACAAGCUGCCUAUCAAGCUCAGCGAUGAGAUACCCACGGUUGACUUAAGAAUGCCAGAGCCAGAGGGUGUCCUUAGAAUUCAUUUGGUCCAAGCACAGAAUCUCAUGAAGAAGGAUGUCUCCAUGUUGGGUAAGGGCAAGUCUGAUCCAUACGCGAUAAUAACAGUUGGGGCUCAGCAAUGGAAGACAAAACACAUUGACAACAACAUCAACCCUAGAUGGGAAUUCUGGUGCGAGGCGCGAAUUAUGCAAUCACUUGGGCAGGCGUUGGACAUUGAAGUGUUUGACAAGGACGAAGGGAACGAUGACGACAAACUGGGCAGCUCGAGAAAGAGCCAGGUGCUGCAGUGCGAGCUGUGGGACUGGGACCCGGGGAUGGGCAUACAGAACGAUGAUUACCUCGGCAGGUCCUCUGUGGUGCGACAGUCGGGCGGCAGUGUCGCCAUACAGCUUUACGACUGGGACAGGGCUGGCAGGGAUGAGAAAUUAGGCAGAUGUUCUUUGGAUAUAUCUCAAGUUGUUCGUGCUGGACGUUUAGACACGUGGCAAACACUGCAACAGGCUAAGACCGGCAAAGUACAUUUGCGUCUAUCGUGGCAUCGCUUUUCAACUGACUUGUUGGAUCUCAGUCAUGCCCUAACAGAGACUCAACUUGUUAAGAAUGCUGAACUGAGUUCGGCUGUUCUAUCCGUCUACAUCGAUUCUUGCAAACAUUUGCCUAAUGCUCGUGCGCAGUCCCGUCCAGAUCCAUACCUUGUGGUAACGGUUGGUAAGAAGAGUGAGAAUACUGGAGUACAGAUGAGAACAGACAGCCCCGUCUAUGAGAUCGGAUACUCGUUCUUAGUACAGAAUCCUGAGAUUGAUGUACUGGAAAUAAAGGUCCUCGAUCAAAAGACAGGAAACCAGCUAGGAAUGCUGAGCUACGGUAUAUCAACGCUUUUGAAACAAAAAAAUCUGACGAUGUUGAGUCAACCGAUGAACCUACAAAAGUCUGGCCCCGAAUCUAAAAUCAUCAUUGCGGCUCAAUUGAAGAUCCUUAAAGAGGCUGUCAAGGAAGAGGACUUUGAUGAAGAAACAGUUUCCGUGGCAAGCGAACCAUCGGAUGACCGCACUGAGGACAAAAAACCGGAUCCACCGAGCACUGAACCCACGGCUGUUGCACCACCUGUACCUUCGAACACAGAUCUGAAGAAUAUAGAAGACACUCCCCCGGCUACCGACACCAUCGACAAUAACUCCGAAAAAUCUAUACCCGUCGAACAAAUUAUUAAGGAAGUUGACGUACCUCAAGAGAGUCAAGCGCCUCCUGAACGUGAUUCACCAAAAUUAAUUCACAGGACCUCUUCAAUAACGACAUCAGCUGGCGAGGCUGGUCUUGGAAGGAUUCUGUUAUCUCUACGUUACAGCAUGCAGAAUCAAACACUAUAUGUUGUCGUACACAAGAUUAUGAAUAUACCUCUCAAGGACCCUACCAAUGUCCCGGACCCAUAUGUGAAACUAUACCUUCUACCUGGUCGAUCUAAGGAUUCCAAACGCAAAACUUUGGUUGUGAAAGACAAUUGUAUGCCGGAGUAUGACGAACAGUUUGAGUGGAGCAUCCCGCUGGCUGAACUUCACUCCAGACAACUGGAGGUGACCGUCGCCACGCACAAAGGAUUCCUCGGUGGAAGUCCUGUUAUAGGACAGGUAAUAGUUCAUCUGAACCAGUAUGACUUCAGGGAAGCGAAGACUCUCUGGUUUGAUCUUCUGCCUGAAACUUCACCGAGAGAGUAG